GAAGGCAUGUAAACAAAGUCGCUUUUGCCGCCAUCGCAAACUCGUGCAGUCACACGAAUAAACGAAUCGUAAGAUAAAUUCAUUUAGAAAUGAUUCGAAUUUCAGCACUAAACGAGGAAGAAUCCGACGAAGAUAGCAAUGGAUUCGAUACGGAGUUAAUAGUGACGAAGGAAGCAGAGGAAACCAUUGCCAUCUCGGAGUAUGUGCGCGCUCUGCAGAUGAAAAAUGAGAACAAGCAGCAAGAUGCGCUGGAGCUGCUGCUGGAGCUGUUGGACACUCAAGUCAUCAACGAUGUCGCCUCCACCCAAACGGACAGCAAACUGUUUGCGGUGAAGUACAACUGCUACCGCAACAUUGGGCUGAUCUACGAAGAGCAGGGCAACGACCGGCUCGCCAUCGAGUUUCUCAUGAAGGCGAUGGAUCUCGACGAGACGGAUGUGUACACCAUGUCCCGGCUGGCGCGCAUGGCACUGAAGACGGGCCAUCUGCAGAUAUCGAAGCUGUACUUCGAAAAGUGUCUCAAGCGCAACCCAAAUCACUGGCCCAGCAUGGAGGGGCUGCUGCGCGUGUUUUGCAGCGCCUCGAACGUGGUGGAAGCGUACGGAUGGGCCAGCCAGUGCCAUCGGAAGGAUGGCCGCAACAAGCUGUACGUGGAUGUGCUGCGAGCGAUCAGGGAACGGUUUAAAUCCACCCUCCCAUAUCUGGAUACCGUGUUCACCGUGCCACCGGUGUUUGAUUUCACCGAGGCGGAGAAACAACGACCACUGGCCCGUGCUUUGGAAACGUUCGAUGAGCUGUUCAAACCAUGCCACCCGGCAGAGGAGCCGGUGGACAUUACCGCCAUGCCGGAGACGCUUAAAAAUGUGCUGAAAAUCGAUGAUCUCAGUUUCGAAACGAUCGGCAAUGCGUUGGUGCAGGUGAACUGUCUAAUGGAGGAGCUCGAUCUGAAAUGUGUUUUUAUGGUUGACACGGACGCACUGUUCUGCGAACAUCGGAAGGAGCAACCGGAACCUAUGGAAGAUGAUGUGGAAAUGGCACCGCUACCGACCGAAUCUGCCACUGAUGUAUCAACUGCAAAGGACGACAAUCGAAUGGAAACGGAAGAGGAUGAAUUGUGUGAAGAAGCAAACGAUGCGAAUGGUGCCGGGGGUGCAGUGAAAAGUAACGAUGAAACCAAUGGCAAUGGUACAUCGGCUGCUGAUAGUGCUGAUUCCGGAGUCGAUGCCAACGAGCAGGCCAAAAACAAGGCACGGCGACGGGGCUCGGAGCUAAAAAUUCUGGAGCAAUGGGGAUGGCACAAAAAUCGCCGCUCGACCCGAAAGAAGAGCGUACAGGAGGUGAAUGAUCCGGUCGACGCUACGGUGGACUCAUUCUUCAAACAGGCCGUGAAGCAACACCUUUCGGAGGAACUACAAUUCAAAGAUUCGCCUUUCACGGUGGAAGAGGAAAAGGAGCUAAAAAGGGUAACGGUAAACAAGCAGGAGGAAGGAAAUCGAACCGGCUCACCUAAAGAACAUGUCCAACAGAUUACUACACAGCUGGACUUUUGCAGUGAAUGUGAUUUGCAUAACUUUAUCGCCGAAAUGAAGAAAAACGACAUCGACGUGUACGCGUUAAUGUACGGAUUUUUAGCUCACGUUUCUAAAUCUUGGGGUGUUGCGAUGAAGCCAGAACUCCGCACACUGUACCUGAAGGUACACUCGUUCUUUGUGGAGUUUACCGAUUACGAUGCAUGGAAUCAACUGUCCGAGGAGCGGCUGGAAGUGAUCUUUCAAAUCACACUGUUUCAUCUGGAACUGAAGCUUGAUGCAGGGCUGGCAAAGUGUCGUGAGGAGGAUACAAACAGUGUGUUUGAUCAAUUCGACGAGGAAGUAUUCCAUCGCUGCCGUUUCUAUGUGGACAGUUUACCCAAUCUGCAAAUCGUGAUGCUGUAUCGCAUUCGACUGCUGUGGAUUGCCUACAUUCUGGAUUGCAGUAUGCAAAAGUUUGAUUUAGCUUUAGAUAACCUUUAUACGAUUCAAGAGCUCGUCGAAUCGUCGGAUGGUUCACGCGUAGAGUUGAGCUUUCCAAAUCAGAAGGCAAACACGCGCAUCAGCAGCAGCUCGGUCCGUGAGCUGAUCGGCGAAACUGAACGGAAGCUACGCAUCGAGCGCGUUAAGCGUCACUACGAUGCCGGGGAACAUGAGCAGGUGGUUGAUAUCUUGAAGGAUACCUUACGCUACUACACAUCGGUUGGCAAUCCAAAUGAAACGAUUCUUAGCCUUACCAUUCAAAUGCAAAUGCUGCUGGAAUCGCUCUGGAAUAUGGCGGAAAUGGAGGAAUGUUUCCUCUGGUCGGAAAAAUCGUUCACCUACUCUGUCCAGCAGUUUAUUACUGCCCCGGUACAGCACGACAGCAAAAUGUCGCGAAUGUGGGCGAAUAAUAUUAACUUUGCGCUGCUGUACAUCGAGUCCAUCAUCAAGCAGGAAGGGGUGGUGAUGAUUGAUAUACUGGGCAAAAAUCUAUCGCGUCUCCUUCAAUCGUUGCAUCGUUUGCUCACCCAUCAGCUGGACCCGAGCGGCGAGAAGAACUACACCGCCCAGCUAUGUCUCAUCGAAUGCUGGAGAGCGUGGAUCGUUCUUUACUACAUCUUGGAAAGACAGGACGAUAUGGACAGUUCAGUUAAGCUAAAUCGCACGCCGGCAAUUGCCGAUCAAAGUGGAGCGUUAGAAUUGGAGCCAGAGCGUUUGUGCAAUUCGAUCAUGAUGUGUUUCGUUGCUCAUGAGUUGCUCGGAAAGAAAAACUGGUGCUCCAAGGGCGACAGUGGAUUGCUGUUUCACACACUCGACGUCGUGGUACCCAAAAUUCGUUCACCAAUGCUGGAACCUUUCCGCGAGAUUUUAAACGAAUAUCUCGAACAGGUGACGUACUGCCUGUACGGAUAUCCGCAAAAAAGACCUCGGCUCCGGCACAUACAAGAUCACUGCGCUGCACAGGUAUCGCUUACCUGGGAGCGAGCUAUUCAGCUGUUUGAUCUCUAUCGACCCGACCGGCUGCCCGAUUUUAAUUCCUACAAGCUGGAAUCGAUCUCAACCGACAUGGAAGCGCUGCUCCAGCGCAUCAUUCUGCUGAUACCGAGCGAUAUCAAUAUGAUGAAACUGUCCCGGCCCAUAUCGGAGUUCAUCGAUGGCAAGGGCAACACGCUGCCCGAGGGCGCGAACAUUUUGCAGAGCGAAGUAAAGCCAAUCUUCUAUCUGCUGGCUGAUUUCUACUUCAAAACUCAGGACUUUACCCGUGCGAUCAAGUACUACGUGAUGGAUCUGGCCCUGGAACCAGCACGGUUCGAUUCCUGGGCAGGCAUAUCGCUGUCCAAGGCGAGCAAAAUUGAAACGAAGCUCAACUCAACGGAAGUAAUACCAUUGCAGGAAUUUCUAGACGAAACUGACAACGGGAUGAAGUGUUUCGAUCAGUGCCUGCAGCUGAACGAAGAAGACUCGCAGCUGUGGAUCGAGUACGGUUCCUUCGCGUACAACAUUCAUUCGUUCUGUUCCCGCAGCCUCAAGCUGCUGAGUGACACACUGUCCAUGGAAAGCUUCGCGCUGGUAGAAACGCACAAGGAGCGCUGUCUCGAUAUAGCAUUCACGUGCUUCAAUAAGGUAAGCCUGAUCAAGCUGUGCGCGGCCGGAGACGGCAUCGAUGAACAGCAGCAGCUGCAACCGAACCAGGACAAUGGCCCGACCCACGAGGACGAAAUCUGGCUGCAUCACUACAUGCUGGGCAAGAUAGCGGAAAAGAAGAAGGAACACCCGGCCGUCUAUCUGACCCACUACCUCAAGUCGGCCAAAUAUCUGUACGAGUGUAAUGCGACCUAUCCGAUCAAGAUCAAUCACAGCAGCCCGUCCCAGCUGGCGAUCGAAGCGCUGGAGAUAUUUUACCGCAUCAACGCGGCCAUCAUGAAGUACGUGGAGCAGCACUCGCCGAUAAACAAGAAAACGUCGCGACUGUUUCUGCGCACGCUGAAGGAGCUGUCCACCAGUCCGUUCGCGGUGAAUCGUGCCAAAAUUAACGAAACCAUGCUCAAGCGAAAGAUCUCGCCAAACGGUGGCAAUGCGGGAGGACCGGUCGAAAUGGACGUUUCGGUUGCAUCGCCAAAGGUGGGCAAGUCGGGUGAAACAACAACAGCAGCAGUGCAACCCGAUGGGGCAUCGAACGCGCCUACAACAGUCGAGGAAGGUGACAAAGCACCGAUGCAACAGGCGGGUGGUACUACUCCAACGCUAAACAGUCCGAAACCGGUCGAAACACAACCGGCAACGGAUGAUGUGCUAGUGUUGGAAGAUGAAAAUGUACCUUCACCAGCCACCACUGGUGCGAAUCCGCCUCCUCCAGCGGGCCGCGUGCUCGAACACAUCCGGGUGGAGGAGCUGAAACAGCUGGGCGAUCCGCAAAACCCGUCACUGCGCCGCGGUUCGCAGGAAAGCGCAAUUACGUCCACAACGACCACCACUACGACCACGACUAGCACGUCCUCGUCGAGCAGCGAUUCGUCCGACAGUGAUACGGAUUCGUCGUCCGACUCGGACAGUGAUAGCACCUCGACGGAUGAUGAGCUUAUUAACCAACAGACGAUCAGCCCCGCCCAGAGGGAUACCAUCUUCAAGCUGUGCAUUAAAAACCUGGAAGAGUGCAUAACGCGCUUCCCCGAGCACUACAAAUCGAUGUACCGGCUCAUACAUCAUUUCAUGCAUGCGCCCGGUGCGACCAAGUCGUUCGAAAGUGCCCGCCAGCUGCUGCUCGGCACGUAUCGUACCACGCUCGGCAAUCAAAUACCUGGGCUGUUUACCGAACGGAAGACGACCAACUUUUUCAAUGGUUUGUGGCGUAUUCCUGCAUCGGAUAUCGAUCGGCCGGGUAACUUUGCCUCACACAUCUCGAAAUGCGUUAUCGUGCUGAUGGAAACGUUGAAAGAAUUUUCCGAGCAUGAAGUGCUGCUGGAGUUGGCACUUCAAUUGCAGCGCACACCGGAACCGGACAAGAAAUAUUUAAAUGACUUUGAGCGGAAAGAGUUGGUCCAGCAGGCGAUACUGUUCUGUGUGCAGGUGUAUCGCAGCAUAUUGAAGAAAGCGUCCGACGGGCACAACGAUGCCGAGCUGCUCUCGCUAAUGGUCGACGUGUACAAGGCGUACCGGAAGAUCAUCAAGCACAUGCAGUCCAAGGAGCCGCUGUUUGCGACGGUACUGAUCGACGCGUACCGAGCGUUCAUUAGCGACAAGGGCCUGAAACUGCCGGACAAUGCCAGCCUGCUCGAUUUGGCCGUAAAGCUCUGCACGUACGAAAUCAACUACCGAAAGACGCAGGAAAAGCAGCAAAAUGCGGCCAGUGGCACAGGUGCAGGCGGAGCGGGUACUUCAAGCAAUGGUGGCAAUGGUUCGAAGCAGAUGCUCACCAGUGGCGAACUUCCUGCAACAAUGAUCGUACCAAUGCAGCCCAUAUCUGCGAAUUUUAUUCCCGGGCUGACGAAACAGAACAGACGCUUGGGUGGGACCAAAUCCAGUGCGGUCAACCCUUCGCUGCCCGCAGCAGCAUCCUCCAUCGCUACAUCGUCGACCGUGGAACAGACGGUUGUUCAGCAGCAGGGCUAUUCCGGACCAUCAGGCCAAUACGCUCGAACCAGCGUGUCCAGCAUGAUGUCGGAGCUUUCGUCCCGUGUGACCAUCACACCAAUCAUGCACGAUGCCGCAGCAACCUCGACCGCCGGUGCCAGUGGCUCGAAAAUCACCUCCUCCGCUGCCAGCACAAUGCCGACGAUGGGAGGCGCGUCAACGACCACCACAACGAAAUCGAUGGCAUUCUCCGCAACGUCCCCGAACGAACUGCUCCUACCGAUGCCGACCGGUUCGGCUGCUCCGUUGCCAGCGGUCAGUGCACUAGCGCAACAAUUGCCUGCUUCAUCGUCGACCACCAAUCCUGCCGCCCUGUUUCAACAGUAUCUUAAGCUCUUCAGUACAAUCCCAAACAUCGCAUCACUCGGUACCAAUCCAAUGAUGACUGCCGCCCUGAACGAGUAUUUGACUACGUUGAAGAUGCAAAAACAGGCGGUGUCGAUGUCCCCCAAUACCGAUCGGAGCACUUCCACGCCCUCUCCACUGCCUCUAUUGCCGGCCGGGCUGCAGAAAGGAAUGGUUGGAAAGGAUUAUCAACCGCCAACAGCUGGUGGAAGUAAAAAGGCUUCCGGUGGUAAAUCAGCUGCCAGCAGUACGAUCACUUCCAUUAACCUCGAUCAACUGCCACAGCAGCAGCAGCAGCACCAGCCGCACCAGCAGCACCAGCUUGCCACCAUUACGCUCACUCCGAUGUCCACGCUGACGGGCACACUGCCAACGAAGAAAGAUGCACGCGUGUCCUCACCGUUCGGUAGCGCGUCGCAGCGCGUUUCCUCACCAUCGCCGAUCCUUACCAUUACCCCAUCGGAGGGACCUAUACCGGCACGGCACAAGGAGCCGGCGGGAAGCCGCAAAACGAAGGGCAAGGGUAAAGCGGGUAACGCCGCGGGCCAACAGUCGCGCCCGACACCGUACAGCAGACCGGUGCACUCGCAUCAAGCCGCCAUCUCGCAGCUCGGCGUGCCCGGCCUGUCGAUCGAGCCCGUCCUCGUACAACCUCCAAUGGCAGGCGGCAGUAAACCAGCCACCGGAGCGAACGUCAACCGAACGGAUAAAACGCUCCCCGCCGCCGCCGGGCUGGGUGUCGGGGCCGGAUCCUUGCCAAAGGAUUUGCUAGCGUCCUAUGCGGAGCUGCUGCAAAAGUAUCCCACCAUGGCACGCUCGCUGCUGAUGAGCAUGAAGGGCGGUGACCGUACCACGCAGCAAACGGCAACGGGUGGUGGUGGUGGUGGCGGUGGCCGGAAGCAAUCGGCAAAGCAAUCGAACAAAGCCUCCAGCACCAAUACGAUGGCGAUGCAGGCCGCAAUGGUGAGUAUGGCAGCAGCAGCAGGUACUGGAGCUGGUGGUGGAUCCGGUCCGGUUGGUCCAGCAGGAGGCAGUCGUUUCACUGCUAGUCCCACCACCACGACGGGCGGCAUGCCAAGAAUCAGUGCAACGAUCACACCAGUAGCGUCGGGAGCAUUCCAAGCCGACGGUUACAGCAGAGGGGCGAAGUCGGCGAUCGGUAGCGGCAGUGGUAGUGCUGGAAGAUCCUCUCCGUCGAUGGCGGCGCAUACAAUGGGCGUUGGGCCCAGCCAGCAGCAAGCGAAAACUUUACAGCAAAAGCUAGCCGAGCGACAAAAGGCGAACAAAGCGCGCGAAAGUGAAGGUGCCACCGGUCCGAAGCAGGGUCCCCCAUCGUCCAACACCAAACCCAAGCCGAUGGAUGAUCCGGACGACGUGAUCGUGCUGGAAUGAUCGUUACUGGAUCAUGCCGCGCUACCAACGAGCGGCUUGAUUCCUGAUCAAUGAUACACGUGAUCGCUCGAUUGUUUGCAUUUAUCAUAAUAUAGUGCUUAGUAAGAAGCUCGCAGAAACUGCCAAUAAACAUUAUUUAAACUGUA